AUGGCUACGGAAGCCAAGUACAGCAUCGUGCGAGAAGUGGGCCGAGGGAGCUAUGGGGUGGUUUAUGAGGCCAUCGUGAACCAAACCAGAAGCAAAGUGGCUGUGAAAAGGAUGCACUGCAACGUGCCCGAGAACGUAGAACUGGCUCUGCAAGAAUUCUGGGCCUUGCAGAGCAUCCAGAGGCAACACGAAAACGUGAUCCAGCUGGAGGAGUGUAUUCUGCAGUACGGCCAAGUCUUUCAGCCAAUUAGCCAUCGUUACAGGAAGUCGGACAGUCAUUUGCUGCUAAUUGAGACCUGCCUGAAGGGGCGGAGGUGCAUGGAUCCCAAAGCUGCCUGCUUCCUCUGGUUUGUGAUGGAGUUUUGUGAUGGGGGCAACAUGAACGAGUACCUGCUGUCCCGCAGCCCGGAUGCUCAGCUGAACAACAGCUUCAUGCGGCAGCUCAGCAACGCCGUGGCUUUCCUGCACAGGAACCAGAUAGUGCACAGAGACCUCAAAUCCGACAAUAUUUUGAUUUCUCACGGGCAGGGAAGUCCCAUAGUGAAGGUAGCAGAUUUUGGCCUCAGCAAGGUGUGUCAGGGGAAAGGGAGUGUGAACCAGCAUCGCUUCUCCUCUGCCUGUGGAUCGAAUUUCUACAUGGCUCCAGAAGUGUGGGAAGGUCACUACACUGCCAAGGCUGACAUAUUUGCCCUUGGGAUCAUUUUCUGGGCUAUGGUUGAGAGGAUCACCUUCCGAGACGGGGACACUGAGAAGGAAUUGCUUGGAAUUUACGUCUGCCAAGGCAAGGAGCUUAUUCCCCUCGGAGAAGCAUUGCUGGAGAAUCCCAACAUGAAAUUACAGAUUCCCCUGAAGAACAAGAAGUCCAUGCCAGAGGAUCUCUGCAAGCUCCUGCAUGAUAUGCUGGCUUUUAACCCAAAGGAAAGGUUGGAUGCCUUCCAACUGGAAGUCCGAAUCAGGCAAAUCUCCUACGGCAAAAAGCGCCAACGCUGCGACUCCUAGAAUUGAAGGACCUUCAGAUUUCUUUUGCAGGUGUUGUGUCCUGCUGUCAUCUGGAGGCCUUGGAGAUGCUGAACAUUCCUUUGGGAGGAGUGGGGCAAUCAGAAGACUGUUGCUGGCUUCCUGUUUUCGCCAAACGGUUUUAUUUAAAUGGACAAUAACUUUAUUUAUUUGUACAGUAACUUUAAGAGGAGACCUACCAAAAAAAUAUUUAUUUUUAUGCAAAUGGUCAGUGUUUUUAUAUUUGUGUUCUUUGACGCAGUGAGGAGCGUAGGUGAAAAGCUGGCUGAGGUGACUUUUGACUGUCUGGCCACAAACGGCGCAGUCAUCGAGGACUCUUUGGACUCGUUCCCUUUAAGCCCCCCUUUUGUUGCCAUCCUGUGACUGCCCUUUCAAAGGACAGCAAAGAAACAGGCAGAAACCUGCCUGCAGACCAACUUCAUUGCCCCAUCGUGUGUUGACCACCUUUCCAGCUCUGCCUUCUCACUCAUAACACCAUGUGGCUUGUCCUUGGUGCAGCAGUUGUCUUUGUGAGGUUUAACUGGAGCUUUUUUUUGUGUGUGGUUCUUCUCUCCAUGGUCCUUGGGCCACGUAACUGGGUGAUGUCUGCUGAAUGAGCUGGCAGAGCGUUCAGUGUCUAUUCUGAAAAGUUUUGAGCAGAAACAAAAAUGUAUUUCCUUCACAGUAGCUUCUGAAUAUUCUUGCUUAGAUUAACUAAAAUGCUUUCUUAAAAUAAAUACAAAGAAUGUUAAAGAUGCCAACUCUUGAUUAGAACGUAUGCGUCACUAACACUUAAAGUAGUUUAAGGAAUCAUGCUUCCUGCUGUGUUAGCUGCUUGUGCCAGCUGUUCUUUCAAGGGAAAUGAAAAGGACUGAACUGGAAUCUUGGCAGGUAAACAGGGAGUCGAAUUUGCACCCAGUUUGAAAAACAGUUUAAUGUCUCCGUAAACUUGCUGCUCCUCUUUGCUUUUUCUGAAGUACCUGGGAGUUCCUGGAAAAGGUUCAUCCUGUGCUGGAGGUGACGUAGUGUCCUUCAGAGACAGCUGCCUUUUGUUGGAAAGGAAUGAGCUGCCAGAAGAAAGGCAACACGGUGAGCCCCUCUGUGCCACACAGAAGACAGAAGCACAUCUGCUUCUGUUAGAAACAAUUAUCUAUUUCUUCCCCCUGUUCUGCUCUACUAAGACUGUGGCUGCAAUUCCGAAGACUCUGUUUUAAGCAGUGCUUAAAUUCAUGGAGACGGUCUGUCUUCCUGCCAUGUCUUUAUGCAGAGGCUCCACUGGCCUUCCAUGAGGAAGAAUAACAAUUUCUCACCUGCUCCUUUAGACUGUAAGAUACUUUUUUGGCUUGCACAAACAAGUAUGAAUUGACCCCUGUCCCUAGAGCAGGCAACGAUUGGACUAACAGGAGUGGUCCCUGAAAUGAGCUGUUGCAGGGACAUGUGGAAAUUGAAUUGUUAAACUUCAAUUUUGAAUUUAGAGAAUCUCUGAUUUGAUAGUGCCAGUGCAUUACUGUGGGCAGCAAGGAUAGACACUGUUUGCUUUGAAGCUCAUUCAGCUCCUGACACCUCAGUGCUGACAGACCAUGUGGUGACUGGAAACGAGCUGGAAAAGGGGGUCUGGAUCUUUUGUUCCUUUACCCACCACAACUCUCUUGCUGCUUUAUGCCACCUCAGAGCAUGCUGCUGCUCUUCCAGUGCUGUUUCCAGUUGAGACCAGGUCCAUUUUUCUAGAAUACAGAUGAGUUUUGGCAUACCCUUACAACACCUGAGAAAAUUGUGGGGCAGAAGAAUGGCUGUUUAUUAAUUUUCUUCUUAAUUUUGCCAUGCUAGGUGAGUCACCUCCCAGCUUUUAGAUACUUUUAUUAUUUAGUUUCUGCUUAGGCUUUAAUUGCUUGAAAUUCUGUACUUUAUAAAUUAAUAAAACACUGUUUUUUUACUAAUGCAUACAAAA